AUGCAGGUUACCCUCUGGUCCGUGGCUCGCGCCACCCUUCUCCUGUCUACCUUCCUCCACUCGGCCCAUGGCCGGGCCAUUGAGACUGCCCAAGGCCGGGCCGUUGAAACCGCCCGGGACCUGAUCCCCGUCCCUGCCCAGGACCCCUUCUACGUGCCGCCCGCGGGCUUCGAGUCGGCCAGUCCCGGCGCCGUCCUCCGCUCCCGCAAGGUCGUCUCGUCCUUCUUCGGCCUCAUCCCCAACCCCGUCGCCACCUAUCAGAUCCUGUACCGCACCACCGCUAUCGACGGCUCCGCCAUCGCCUCCGUCACCACCGUCUUCAAGCCCGCCCUCGCUAAGAAGGACCGCUUCGUUGUCUGGAACACCGCCUACGACAGCUCCGCUACGCAGUGCGACCCCAGCUACACGUACCGCCUUGGGUCCAACGUCCUGCCUUCCAUCUUCACCACCAACGGCAUCGAGCAGCUCAUCAUCCAGCUCUACGUCCUUAAGGGCUACAUCGUCUCGUCGCCCGACUACGAGGGCCCGGACGCGGCCUUCACCGCAGGCCGGCUCUCCGGCAUGGGCGUCCUCGACAGCAUGCGCGCCGUGUCCAACUUUGGCGCCACCCUGGGCCUCUCCACCAAGACGCCGGCCAUCGUCGGUGCCGGAUACUCGGGCGGCGGCCUCGCGACCGCGUGGGCGGCGGCGCUGCAUCCCGUCUACGCCCCCGAGCUGCCGGUCAAGGGCUGGUCCGCGGGCGGCAUCCCGGCCAACCUGACGUACAUCUUCGAGUAUAUCGACGGCAACCUCCUGAGCGGCUUCGAGGCGAUCUCGCUCGCCGGUCUCCAGAAGCCGUCCGCCUACGGGGCGACCCUAAAGCCUUUACUGGACAGCAUCGCCACGCCGGCGCUUCAAAAGGUGUUUGAUUUCGCCAACACCCAGUGCAUGGUGCCGAACCUCCUCAAUUUCCCGUUCCAGUCUCUGUACGACACCAAGUACCAGAGCCUCGGCAAGAGCGUGCUCACGAACCCGACGCUGCUCUCCGUCCUGCAGGACAACACGCUGGGCGUCGACAAGGCGCAGAAGCCGGCCGCGCCUUUUCUCAUGUUCCAUGCCAAGCCCGACGAGCUCGUUCCAUACGUCCCCGCGGCCAAAACCCGUGACACGUGGUGCGCGGAUGGCGCCACCAUCAAAUUUGUCGAGUACGGAAAUGGCGGCCAUAUCACGACCGCCGUGCUGGGUCUUCCGGAUGCUCUCCAGUUUGCCGACGAUGUGUUUGCUAACAAGAUUGCUUCUGGGUGCACGAGCAAGACUGUUCUCGACGACACCCUCAACCCGCUUGCCUUUGGUAUCUCAUUGGAGCCUCUCGCCAUUAAUCUGAUCAACUACUUGGCAGCCCUCGGCAAACAAGAUGCGAAUUGGCUGGCGGGUAUCAAGAAGGGCGCAGCUACGCGAUGA